CGCUCUCCCUCCUGCCGCAGGUGCUGCAGAGUCACGGGUACCGCAAGCUGGUCCUCCAAAUCGGCCACGGGGUGCAGGAGCCGGCCCCGGUGAGCACCCCGGCCUUCACGCUAGAGGCCUUCCGCUUCAAGGACUCGCUGGCUGAGGACCUGCGGAGAGCAGACCUGGUCAUAAGCCAUGCAGGUGCAGGUAGCUGUUUGGAGACGCUAGAAGAAGGAAAACCACUAAUAGUAGUAAUAAACGAAAAGCUGAUGAACAACCAUCAGCUUGAAUUGGCAAAGCAACUCCACAGAGAUGGACAUGUCCUCUAUUGUAAUUGCAGCACUCUUGUGGAGACACUGCAGUCAAUGGACUUGUCAACUUUGAAACCUUUUCCUCCUGGACAGCCAGAAAAGUUUGCUUUGUUCUUGGAUAAAGCUGUUGGGUUUGAAUAUGUGGAAGGGUCAUUUGAGAAGUACCUGGAACGACUGGGGGAUCCAAAGGAAAGUGCUGGCCAGCUGGAAAUAAGUGCUCUAUCAGUAAUCUACAAUCGAGACUUUAUUCUGUACCGGUACCCUGGAAAGCCACCCACUUAUGCUACAGACAAUGGCUUUGAAGACAAGAUUUUACUGUGUUGUUCCGGCAACGGCCAUUAUGACUCUGUGUAUACAAAACAAUUCCAGGCAAAUGCUGCUAUUUGCCAGGCUGUAUUGUAUGAGAUCCUGUACAAAGAUGUGUUUGCCAUGGAUGAGGAAGAAUUAAGGUCGGCAGUUGAGAUGUUUCGAAGUGGGUCUAAGAAGAACAGAAACAGUGGCUCUGUAGGAAGUGAGGAUGCAAACUUCGAUUGUCUUCCUGAAAAAGUGUCAAAAAAUUCACCAGAAAAGAGAGUGGAAGACUGGGAAGGCAAUAACAUUGACAACGCACCUGAAGAUAAAUUCAAGCAAGGCGUUGAAGAAGCAAAGCCUCCAGAAAAUCCACCAAAGAUGCCUUUUCCAUAUAAAGUGCUAAAAGCUCUGGACCCUGAGAUCUAUCGAAAUGUAGAGUUUGAUGUUUGGCUGGACAGCAGAAAAGAGCUUCAAAAAACUGACUACAUGGUGUUUGCUGGGAGACAGUACUACUUAGGAGACAAGUGUCAGGUACGUUUGGAACCUGGAGGUAAGUAUUACAACGCUCAUAUCCAGGAAGUUGGACAGGAUGGCAACACAGUGACUGUGUUCAUUGAAGAACUAGCAGAAAAGCAUACAGUUCCAUUGGCGAACUUAAAACCAGUGACGCAAGUGGCACCUGUCCUUGCUUGGAAUGUGGUUCCCAGCCGCAAAGGAGGAAGCUAUCAGAAAAUAACAGGUGGAUACUUCUCAGGAUUAGAAAUGGAUAUGAAAACACGGAAGAGACUGCUUAAGAAAGUCCGUGGAAAGGAAGUUUUUAUGACUGUGGCUUAUAGUAGAGGUCAGCCAGUUCUUCCACCCCGGCUACAGCACGGUGUUCCUUCAGGGCGAUCUUCUCCAGUUCACUGCUCACAGGGUGGUGGAAACAUGGCACCUUAUGAACCCUAUCAUCCUCAGAAUCCUGCUCAGAGACAUAGCCGUGGAUUUGGGAUGCCGAGGGGAUCUGCCCGAUUUAUAAACAGGCACAACAUGGUUGGCCCUCAAAUAGCAUUCUACCCCAGUCCAGGAAAGAGAUGCUAUCAGAGCUAUGACAAUUUCUCCUACAGGUCCCGUUCAUACAGCCGUAGUCGCCGUCAGAUGCAGUGUGUGAAUAAGGAAUGUCAGUAUGGGUUUGUACCAGAGAAUGGAGAGGAGCCUCAAGGAUCAGAAGAAACAAUAACUUUCUAUGAAAUUGAAGAAGGGGAUGAAACUGCUUUUCCUGCUCUACCAAGCCAGGGUAGCCCUGCUCCCAUUGUGCAUGGUCCAGCAGGGUUCUGGGUAGCAAGGAGAGGCCCUAACUCUGUUCCAGCUAACAAGCAGACCCUGAAUUCCUCAGAGGAGGAAGUGGAAGAAACAAGUGAAAACGGGAAAUUUCAUGAAGAAUAUCUCUAUGCACCUUCAGAUCCAGACUGUGAAACUGCAACAGUAUUUAGUUCAGCAGAACCUACAGCAAACUUGGAAGAAGGGACAGUGUCUGUGUCUCCUCAAGAUGGAGGUGCUUCCUACAGCUAUCCCCAGAAGGUGAUAGUGAAUUCUGCAGUAAUCUCAACCUCCACCUGUGUUAAUGCUGCUCCAGCUACAGUCUUCUCAAAUUCUGCUGCUUCCUCUCAAGCCAGUGUCACGACAGCUGUUCCCCCGCAAACAGCAGUUCAACCAAUCCUAGUAUCUCCCCCUUCUAUAGGGAGGCCAGUAGCAGUUUCUUCAGUGCCAUUCCCAAUUUAUUCGGCUCCUCUUCCUCCAGUCAGUGAGGUGGGAGAACCUGGUGCCAUUCCUCCACCUUACUCUUGUGAUCCCAGCGGCAAUGACCUACCACGAGAUACAAAGGUUUUGCAAUAUUACUUUAAUCUGGGAUUGCAAUAUUAUCAUCAGAGCUAUUGGCAUUCCAUGGUUUAUGUGCAGCCAGUGCCACCACCAUCACCUGUGGAAGCUUAUCCAGCAUACACUGAGCCUGCCCCAGUCCUGGAUCAGUCGGUACCUCAGCUCUACACUGAUGCUGGGCGGACUGAAGUUCAUCAAGUUCCCCUGGAAACACCUGCAAAUGGUAACUUUCAAAAUGUAGAGCCUCCACCCCCAUCCCAUGGAACAGUGUAUUAUCCAGUAGUGUCGGAUCCCUUCAGCCAGCCGUCCCUCCCUGGAUUUGACUCUUGCAUCUCUUUAGUACCUACCUAUCACUAUAUUAGUUCCUGGCAUCCAGUAAAUCCAUCAUAUGGAAAUUCUCCCCGGAUUCCUAAUGCUGCAAGUUCUGGACCAUUGCACCAAGUCAGCUAUGUUGCCUCACCUAACCCUGCACCGCAUUACGUACCUCAAGGAAUGUAAAUCCGAGAGGCCUAAGCUCACUUCUUGCACUUGGUUUCUCUUGUUUCUUUUUGUCAACUAUAUGUUAAUAUUGUUUCAUAACUGUUAUCCUGCCCCAGUGGGCUGGGUACUGGUUGAUUAAACUGUAUUCAAAUUUCAUGUUUCUCUUCCGGUUUAUGCUAAUGAUACUCAGCUCGACAAGGUGAUGUUUUAGUGGAUUACAUAGGAAAGCGUAGUAAAAGACUAUACAUAAACUGUAGUGCUGGGAACACAUAAAAUAAAUAUGUAUAAAAACAUGCUGUCACUAAAGGAAAAUUGCAUCAUGUACCUCCAUGUGAGGUGUUACACUGGAACACUUAGUCACGUGGUUCUUAAGUACUAAAAUAGGCUGCUGUUGCAACUAAGAAUAAAAACUGGGUGCAGCGUCAUUGGAGGACAGAAAAUAAAAUAGGUUGGCUUUCUCAGAUUUCCCAAAACAGAACUUUAUUUGCCAUUAGUGAUCACAUUCUUGUAAUAGCUGUCUUUUCUCUGUUUAGUUUCAUUCUGCAUUGGCUUCAUGUCUCUUGAAGGUUAAAGAAUACUGCUUUGGUCUGUUCUGCUGUACAUUACUGUAUAUUUGUAAGAUUUGGUUUGUGAAAGAUAUUGCACAAAUGGUGGUAGGCUUGGUGUUAAAUUUGCACUGAUAGCACAA